CGCAGCGCCCAGCCCAGCGCAGCUCCCCGCCGCUGUCGAGCCGCGGACACAGGACCAGAGGCUCGCUCCAGCGGGCGCGCUUGUUUUCCUUCUGCCGCCUCGCCCUGCGCAGCACCCGCCUGUCUGAAAGCCGCGUUCUGCCCCGCCCGCCAUCCGUGCCCUGCGCUGGAUUUAUGAAUGGGGGGAAGAGGCCACAUGCCGCCGCCGCCGCCUCUUGUUGACCGCACGCAGCCAGGGCCCGCGGAGCUCCGGUUACCGUGAGAGCGCCGGCCCGGCCCCGGCAGCCGCUCCCAGGACUUGUUGCUGCUGCGCUGCCGCCGCCGCUGCGGCGGGGAAGCCGGCUGCUCCGGGGCUCGGCGCGGACUGGGAGCAGGAGAGUGGCCCGUGUGAGUGUGAGCGCGCGCACCGCCCGGACCCUCGCAGUGCGCCUGGACAGUGCACUUCCCCGUCUUUGGGGAGGUGGAGGGGGGGCGUGUCCCGGGCCCCUAGCAUCUGAGUGCCUCGGGUCCUAGCCGGGGGGAACGUGUGUGUGCUUGCCCUGCUUCCCCGGGCGCCUCGCUAGGUCCUCGGCUCUCCUUUUCCCCUCCUGACUCCCUCCCCGGCGCUGCCAGCCCAAACCCCAACCACCUGUGCACCCGAGAAAUCCAACUCCUCUCGCUCGGUGCCCCGCGGGGGAGGCAGGGGCAGGGCCACGCCGCAGAGGGGGCCGCCGCCGCCUCCUGCCUCCUCCUGGUCCCCUCCCCCAUCCCCGUCUGACGCUGCCUCCUCGGGAAGGGUGUUUGGAGGGCAGCGGCCGCCCCAAGCCGAAGCCCCGCAGCGCUUCUUAUGAUCAGCUCGGUGUGUGUCUCCUCCUACCGCGGGCGCAAGUCGGGGAACAAGCCUCCGUCCAAAACAUGUCUGAAGGAGGAGAUGGCCAAGGGCGAGGCGUCGGAGAAGAUCAUCAUCAACGUGGGCGGCACGCGACAUGAGACCUACCGCAGCACCCUGCGCACCCUACCGGGCACCCGCCUCGCCUGGCUGGCCGAUCCCGACGGCGGGGGCCGGCCCGAGUCCGAUGGCGGUGGUGCAGGCAGCAGCGGCGGCGGGGGCUGUGAGUUCUUCUUCGACCGGCACCCGGGCGUCUUUGCUUACGUGCUCAACUACUACCGCACAGGCAAGCUGCAUUGCCCCGCCGACGUGUGCGGCCCCCUCUUCGAGGAGGAGCUCACCUUCUGGGGCAUCGACGAGACCGACGUGGAGCCCUGCUGCUGGAUGACCUACCGGCAGCACCGCGACGCCGAGGAGGCGCUCGACAUCUUCGAGAGCCCGGACGGAGGCGGUGGAGGCCCGGGGCCCGGCGACGAGGCCGGCGACGACGAGCGGGAGCUGGCCCUGCAGCGCCUGGGGCCCCACGAAGGAGGCGCGGGCCCUGGCGCGGGGCCCGGGGGCUGCCGCGGCUGGCAGCCCCGCAUGUGGGCGCUCUUCGAGGAUCCCUACUCCUCCCGGGCGGCCAGGGUGGUGGCCUUCGCCUCUCUCUUCUUCAUCCUGGUGUCCAUCACCACCUUCUGUCUGGAGACCCACGAGGCUUUCAACAUCGACCGCAACGUGACGGAGAUUCACCGGGUGGGGAAUACUACCAGCGUGCGCUUCCGGCGCGAGGUGGAGACGGAGCCCAUCCUGACCUACAUCGAGGGCGUGUGUGUGCUGUGGUUCACGCUGGAAUUCCUGGUGCGCAUCGUGUGCUGCCCGGACACGCUGGACUUCGUCAAGAACCUGCUCAACAUCAUCGACUUCGUGGCCAUCCUGCCCUUCUACCUGGAGGUGGGACUGAGUGGCCUGUCAUCCAAGGCGGCCCGCGACGUGCUGGGCUUCUUGCGUGUGGUGCGCUUCGUGCGCAUCCUACGCAUCUUCAAGCUCACGCGCCACUUUGUGGGGCUGCGCGUGCUGGGCCACACCCUGCGCGCCAGCACCAACGAGUUCCUGCUGCUCAUCAUCUUCCUGGCCCUGGGCGUGCUUAUCUUCGCCACCAUGAUCUACUACGCAGAGCGCAUCGGCGCCAGGCCCUCCGACCCGCGGGGCAAUGACCACACCGACUUUAAGAAUAUCCCCAUCGGCUUCUGGUGGGCCGUCGUCACCAUGACAACACUGGGCUACGGGGACAUGUACCCCAAGACGUGGUCCGGCAUGCUGGUGGGGGCGCUGUGUGCUCUGGCCGGCGUGCUCACCAUUGCCAUGCCCGUGCCUGUCAUUGUCAACAACUUCGGCAUGUACUACUCUCUGGCCAUGGCCAAGCAGAAGCUGCCCAAGAAACGGAAGAAGCAUGUACCUCGGCCACCCCAGCUGGAGUCGCCCAUUUAUUGCAAGUCACAGGAGACCUCGCCCAGGGACAGCACCUACAGUGAUGCCAGCCCCCCUGCCCCGGAAGAGGGUGUGGUUGAGAGGAAACGGGCAGAUUCCAAGCAGAAUGGCGAUGCCAGUGCGGUGCUGUCAGACGAGGAGGGAGCCGGCCUCACCCAGCCCCUGGCCUCCGCCCCCACCCCUGAGGAGCGCAGGGCCCUGCGCCGCUCCGGCACCCGAGACAGAAACAAGAAGGCAGCUGCCUGCUUCCUGCUCAGCGCUGGGGACUAUGCCUGCGCCGAUGGUAGUGUCCGCAAAGAGACCUGCCAAGACGCCCUCUCGUCCAACUAUGCCCAGGCCGAAGUCCUCACCCUCUCUUAAAGCGGCACCAACGUGAGAGAGACAGGCAGACAGACAGAAAGCCAGAGGCUUAGGGCAACUCUGGAACCCAGGCAAGAAUCUUUCGCUGGGAAAGACUCAUAUCCUUGAUUGCACAGGACUGAUGGAAAACCUCCCAUGUGACCCUCGGGCCCAGAGCCAUCGGGUCUGAUGUUCUUGUUCUGUUGUACAUUGAAGAGAUAUAUAUGCACAUAUAGUAUCUAUAUUCAUACAUACUGUACUAUUGUGUGUAGUGCACGUGCUGUUGGUGGUCUGUCUUCUUCGUUAGGCUGUGUCUCCCCAAAUCCUUGCCCCACCCCACCCUUUCCCUUCACUGAUUCUUUGUUUCUGCUGAAUGUGUGUGUGGAAUAUCCCAGGAAAAAUACACCUGGGAACUGCCAGUCCAGCUGGGUGGUCCCAGGCUAGACUCUCCCUCUUGGGAGCAUUUCCCCUGUGGGCCAGAGGCGGGUGGAAGGCCAGAUUGCCGCCUGGGGUCACUGCCCCACUGGCCUCACCCCACCCCAGAUUGGGGCUCUACCUCCCACCCCACGCCCCAGUUGUUGGGGGACUUCCCAGGGCUCCUCUGCAGCUUCCUCCACUCCUUCCUCCACCUUCCCUGUGUCCUUGACUGAGGGGGUGUUCUGUCUUUUUUUAUUUCUGGUUUUUUGUUCUGUCUCCUUCGUCCAUUUGUUUUCCAAAGAUGCUGCUGGGCAGACGGGCAGGGAAGGGGUCUGUCUGCCCAUCUGGCUCAGGGGUCUGAGAAGGGGAAGCCGCGGGCGAGCGGAGACCAGUUGCAAUACUGUACUUCCUGGCUGGUGGCCAGAGGAUGCGUGCAAUAGCCGAGGCCAGGUGCCCCCCUUCGACCUUGGCCUCUGCCCCUGCCUCAGCCCUCCCUCCCCACUCCCAGCCCGCCCUGCCCCUCCCUGAUGUUGGUCGUCCUUUUCUAAAGCUGUCCCCUCGUGCGUCUGAGGCAUGCCUAGGCUGGGCCCUACUGCCCUGUCCGCAUGCCUGUGACUGUCAUGCCGUGCUCAAGCCCCAAUAAAGACAUCUGGAGCGUUCUGCCGUG